AUGAGUGAGGCGGUGGUGAUGAAAUUUGGGGCGUGGCUGCGAGGUGCAAAGCCGUACCUGCUAAUGAUCGGGUUGCAAUUCGGGUCGGCGGGCAUGUACAUUCUCUGCAUGGACGCUCUGAAUAAGGGCAUGAGCCGUUACGUCUUCAUCGUCUAUCGUAACGCCAUUGCUGCCAUCUCUCUCGGCCCCUUUGCUCUUGUUCUCGAAAGGAAAGUGAGGCCCAAAAUGACGUUUCGGAUUUUUUCCGAGAUUAUGGCCCUGGCUUUUCUCGAGAUGAUACUAGAUCAGUGCUUCACUCUGCUGGGCAUGAAAUUAACGUCUGCAUCAUUUGUGGUGGCUCUGAUGAACACUGUGCCCUCCAUUACCUUUGUGUUGGCCAUCAUUUUUAGAAUGGAGAGGAUGAAGAUGAAGGAGAUUCGAUGCCAAGCGAAGGUGAUCGGGACGGUGGUGACGCUGGGAGGAGCCUUAAUAAUGGCACUAUACAAAGGACCCCUGGUGGAUGUUGUGAGAGGAUCAUCAAGCAGCGGCGCCGCCGGUCACCCUAACAAUGCCAACGACGACCCUGCCGGCGGCUCCCACUGGCUGUUGGGCUCUUGCGUCAUCCUCCUUGCCUGUAUCGCCUUCUCUGGAUUUUACAUUUUGCAAGCCGUGACGCUGAGGAAGUACCAGGCGGAGAUGUCGCUGGCGACGUUGAUAUGUUUGGUGGGGUCAUUUCAGAGCGCGGGAGUGGCAGCCUACAUGGAACGACACCGUCCUCAUGCUUGGUCUCUCGCCUGGGAUUCUACUUUCUUUGCUCCUGCCUACGCCGGAAUAGUGGCGUCGGGGAUACAGUACUACGUGCAAGGGGUAGUGAUGAAGACAAUGGGGCCAGUGUUCGUGACGGCUUUCAAUCCGGUGCGGAUGAUCAUAGUGACCAUCCUGGCCAGCUUCCUGCUGUCGGAGCAACUCCACCUUGGCAGUAUCAUCGGAGGAGUGGUGGUGUCGGUGGGGCUCUACCUGGUGGCGUGGGGCAAACACAAAGAAUACAAGCAUCUCAUGCCGCCCUCCCCCGAGAAAGACACGCGGCAGCUUCCUGUAACAAUGGCCCCCACCAUUGUUGUUGAUGAUCAUAAACCUCAGGAAUCGGUCCUCAUUUGUGAUCAAAACAACGGCCUGGAUUUAACGGUAUCCAAUAAUACCCAGGAAAGGCAGUCCUGCAAGUGAGGCCCAGUUUAGUCCAAAAUAAAUGGACUUCAUUUUUGUCCCCUUCUUUUUUAUCAUUUUAAUUUUGUGAGCCUCACCUCGGCUCAUGGUUUUCAAGCAUGGCUUUGUUGUGGCCCAUGACGCCCCCUUGUACCCUCAACCUCAGUUACUGUUUCCGCCGCCUAUUUGCCACC